AUUAAAUACUAAAAUCCCCCCAACGGUCACAAAACUAAAUAGCUCCACAACGUUCACUGUCGCUCAGUCUUUCUGAUUAACGGUUACAUUCUGACUUACAUACCCAUAUCACAGUCUCUAGCAAGUAACAAUCUCGCCCUCUGUUUCAGGGUUCUGUUUCUCUCUCUAAACCAAUCAGUCCAUCACACCAAUUUAGAUUUCUGGGUCUUCUGUUCUUUAUUGUAAAGUUCUUUGCUUUGCAAUGGAGCCAGCAAAAAUAGACUGGAAGAAGGUAGAAUCCAUAUUUGUAGAAGACAAUUUGUAUGAGAAUUUAAACGCACCCAAAUGGGUUGAUUUCUUGAACCCUGAAGAUAACUCCGUUGAUGAUGAGGCCUGGUUUUGCAGACCUGAAUGUAACCAUCCAAAAUCUGUUGAGGAUUUCCUUAGAACAACUCCAACUUCGAAGCUUCCAUGCUCAGCUGAAAAAUCUAAAACCCCUCUCGGCAACUGGAACCUAAGAGAUGCAAAAUCGAAGAGGAGAGGGCAAAGUCAGUCUUCAUUUACAUUUGGUGAAGACAGUGAAAACCGGAACCCAAAUUUAUCAACACCGCCAAAUUACCAAGCUAAGUUCUUGAAAGGAAUUAUCAAAUCCAGCACUGAAAAGAAGAAACCAGUUGAUGAUAUCUCACAAACAAAUGAGGCACCCAGGCUAAAAAGCACAUUAUCUGCAAGGAAUUUGUUUGCAGGGAAGGAUAUACUGGGUCAUAUUAGCGAGUUCUGCAAUGAAUUGAAGAAAAUGGCAAUGAGAGCAAGGGAGGGGGAGAAUGAUGAGAGGGACAGUCAAGUGGGAGAGAAGAAAGAUGUGGCAGUAGUGACUGACUGUCCUAGAAAGGUUUCGGGGAAUGUGAAGGAGGGGAAAGAGAGGAAGCCAUUGCUUGAAGUGGGCCGAGAGAAAUCUGAAGGAAUCGAGAAAGGAAGUGUCAAAGAGAAACUGAGGAAGAAGAAAAUAAUUGAUGAUGCGGAGAAUAUUCCAGUCCCUCUAAAUUUGGAAAAUGUGAAGCACAAAGGAGAAGAGCGAUUGUUGCAAAUUCGGACGAAUCCUCCUUCUCCUCAAUGUUUUUCCGCAACUCGUCCACCCACCAAAACGACCCCUUCAAAAGCUUCCAAAUCCAGGCUUAUGGAGAGAGGCAUUCUUCAAGAAGUGAAGCAGAACAAGGAAGUGACAGAGGAGGAAACUGAGAACAAAGGCAGAAGCUUUUCCAUUGUGGAUGGCAGGGAAACCAGACCUUUGGAUGUAUUUUGGUUCUUGAAGCCCUGCACACUGUCCAGCUAAAAUGAUUGAUUGAGCCCUAUAAAGAAUUUCUCCAAUUCAUUCAUUCUUUUCAUUUUCAUUAUUCAUCAAUUGAAAUUCAUUAAUUAGAUUUCAUUUAGUUUUCUUAUUCAUAGAUCCAUACUUUCACAUUCUUAGUCCUUGAUUCAUUAGAUCUCAAUAAGAGAAACUGUAAUUAAUCAAUAGUUUUACUGAAUCAUUUCAUUGCAGCCAAAGAAAAAAGGUUGUACUUUGAUCUCCAAUCUUCACAGUUAAAUGCCAAUAAAAAGAAAAUAGGCCAUGGAAUUUCUUCUAA